AUGCCACGCUCAGCGGCUGCGGCUCGGAGAGGUCAUCACAACACCAACCGGAAUGAAAACGGCAACCCGGUGAAUGGCAGGCGUCUGAAUAAGCAAAAGUCGAAUGGGAACCUGAACGGGAAUGCAAGCAGCGGCGCCUCCUCCCAUUCCGCCUCGCAAACCGAUCUCCGCCCUACCGGCGAUUCGCCUGCAGUGACAACCUCCAAGGCAAAUGGUGCCGUCGAUGGACCCAAGCGUGAUCACGCUGACAACUCAUAUACCAACGGCUCAGGAUACAAAGCGAACGGCGAGAUGGCAUAUGGUCAUUCCAACGGUGCAGUUUCUCCUGACGGCGGUCAAUCAAAAAUGUCUGCUUCCUCCAUCAAGCGUCAGAGCGCGUCUGUGAACCCUUUCUCCUUGGCAUCUACAAUCCUCAAGUCAUGCCCCAUGUACGACACGAUCGCCAUUUUGAUUUUCUUGCUACAGCUGCCGCCCAUCGUCCUUACCUUAGUUCAGUUCUUGUUCGCCUCUUUAACUUUCAUGCCACCAGGCGGUGGCUCCGGCUCGUCCUUUACGUCCAACUUUGAUAUCUUCCAAGGGCCCGCCGGUACCCCUUCUUUCGGGACGAUGAUUGCCAUGGAUGGUUUCUGCCUGUUGAUGUGGGGCCUAUUCAUGUGGACUUGGGCUCAAAAUUUCGCGUUGGACUUGGCUCACGUGCAAGUAGCCAUCACUCUCGGCGGUGGCGGCUCCGGAAAGAAUGGAGGCGUUAAUGCUCUUUGUGUCGGCACCGUUCUUCUAUUGCAUAUUGUUCGAAGCAAAGGUGUCCAAGAUUUUGUCACCGGUCACCUUGUCUCUGCAAAACUAGUUAGUCCGGACAUCCUUUCGCGAUGGUCCCACCUUCUCCCACAAGAAUUUCGACGAGCAGAGCCGCAGUCAUCUCCAAGCUGGCUCCGAAGUCUCCUCGCAAUUCAUAUUCUGGCUCAGGCAGGGACCGCCAUGGCAAGACGCUCGAUGGCCCGAAAUCGCUCACCCCAACCUCCCCGUUCUGGGAAGCGGGUUGACGCGGAGGCUUCUGCUGGUUCGCAGACCCAAAUAGAUUCGGCUUUUGAGUCGACGGCAAGUGUAACAUCAAUACUCGGUGGCGAUGGUCCGCUUAUUGGUCCCUCGGCAUUGAAGGAGAACAGAGAUCGUUUGCAUAGCGCCAAGAAGCGAAGAAGACAGGCUAACCAGGUACGAAGUCGACAACCUUUUUGGGCUGCACUUGCAAGCACCAAAGUCACCGUUAUGAGAGAAUAUGAUCAUUCUAGGGCCGUUUCUAAGACCACUCGCGGUCUCCCGAUGACUGAAGAUGACCUCCAAGGGAUAACGCUGGAUGAUGGACUGAUUUGGGUUACCGGUGUGGAUAGUUCGACAAUUAGAUUUGCAGCAGGAGAUUUUGCAGCUCCAGAUGAUGCCACGGCUACUGCAGCUUGUGAAGAUGGGCCCCUGGAUAAUAGUGAGAUGGAACCAUUCUAUGUUUGUGUCAACGGUGCACUAUGGGCCACUGCAAAUAUUCACAGGACUUGCGAUGGGCCAAAGGGCGCUAGUGCAGUACAGUGGAGAGGAGAAAUCUCCGGCUUGGCUCCAAACUGCGCCUAUACUUGUUGUUUUGUACGCAGUGACACUGAUGAAGAAAUCUGCUCCAUGAGUGUCAAGACUCCUGCCGCUCCCGAUGCCGAUCAAAAUACUGUCUCUAGCAUACCAACCCCGCCUCGUCCGUUUCAUCGACCAUCAUCGCCGACGACGACGUUGAGAAAUUCUAUCGUUAAUGCCGAAUCGAAACUCAAUGAAAAACGAGCGCGUUUGAAGAAAGCCAAGAACGAUCACAAAAUUCUUAUUUCUCGCAUUCGGAAGGAACUGGAUAAUUUUAACCACAGGCUAAGCAGCGGCAAUGAUGAAAACCGACAAAAACAGCGAUCUUUGCAGCUCGAGCGGAAUAUUCGUCAGACAGAGGAAGCAACAGCUGUGCUUGAGACCCAACUUGAUAGUAUGGACAAGAUCCCGGAGGAGGAACUCACAGAGUGGACAUCGCAAAAGACCGAAUUCGAACGUGAAUUGGAGUUGCUCAACACCGCGAAGGAAGAAUUGCUCGAAGCACGUACUUCUGCUGCUCGUGAUCUCGCUUCUGUUGAGUCGGACUACAACGCGGCCGUCCAAAAACGCGAGCGUCUUCAAGGCCGCAAAACUCGUCUGAAUGAGCAAUAUGAACGGAUUAUCUCCGCGAACGCCCAAGGUCUUAACGAGCGGGAACGCCGGGCAGCCGAGCAAUUUGCUAGAGAGCAGGAUCAAGCCAAGGUUGAAGCAAACUUCAAUGAGCAGCUCGCUAGCAUCAGCCGUGCUAUUCAGGACUAUCAGUUGCGGACAAAUCAGUUGUGGCAGCAAGCAUCCGCGAUUGAACAAGCCAUCCAGCAACAGCAACAGCAAAUGUUGAUAGAAACUGGUCCACUAACCCCCGAAGGAACCCUGCCCGGUACCCACGAUCAGAAUGAAGAACCAGAAACCAACACUUCUAUCAAUAACUUGACCAUUACCCCUGCCAACAGUCGGUCAAUCCUAGGUGCAGGCUUUUCGGCUCUGAGGUCCAGCCCUCACCAAAGUGCAUCCUCUCUUGUUACCGGUACGGCAUCUCAAACCGCCAGUCCGAUGCAGGCGACUAUGCAGCACCCUUCAGGAUAUCAGGCUUCUCCUCGUAUCAGCGUGGCAAAUUACUUUGGUGGACGGGACUUUUCGUACCGUGAUCGCUCAUCCUCAAAUCGCUCAGCACGAAGCAGCCUGUAUGCCGACUACGAUUUUGAUGUGAGCCGCUAUCUUCCUGAUCCUCUGGAACGACGCAGCUCUGGAUCCGAUGGCAAAGGCUACGCUAGUCCUACGUACGGUGCGAUUGGCAGUCAUUUCACGCGAGCUGGCAGCCGUGGCAGUGGUGGUAGCAGUGGUGGUAGCGGAAGUGGCAGUGGCAGCGGCAGUCCCAGGUCUACUCGUGCCGAGGGGCUGUAA